AAGAGAGAAAGAAAGACAGAGAGAGAGAGAGAGUCACAGAAAGCAUUGUCCAACACGAUACGACCGAUUCAAACCCCUCUCUCUCUCUCUAACCUCUCCCUCUGCUCCUCCUCCGUUUAAUCUCGUACCUUGUUCGAGUUAUAUACACUGUUCUCUCUUUGAUUUGAGGGAACAGUAUACAACUUUCACGAUCGGUGAACCUAACCACCAAGGUGGUCAAGAGUAAUGGAAUCUCAUGAUGAGACAGGAUGCCAGGCUCCAGAGCGUCCUAUUCUCUGCGUCAAUAAUUGUGGUUUCUUUGGAAGGGCGGCUACCAUGAACAUGUGUUCCAAGUGUUACAAGGACAUGCUAUUGAAGCAGGAGCAGGACAAGCUUGCAGCAACAUCGGUUGAAAAUAUUGUGAACAGCUGUUCCAAUGGCAAUGGAAAGCAGGCCAUCACUGCAGAUGCUGUUAAUGUACGAGUUGAACCUGUGGAGGUCAAGGCAGUCACUGCUCAGAUUUCUGCGGAUUCAUCCUCCGGUGAGAGCUUGGAGGUGAAAGCCAAGACUGGUCCCAGCAGAUGUGGCACUUGCCGGAAACGUGUUGGGUUAACUGGUUUCAGCUGCAAAUGUGGCAAUGUCUUCUGCGCAAUGCAUCGCUAUUCGGAUAAACAUGAUUGCCCUUUUGAUUAUAGGGCUGUUGGUCAGGAGGCCAUAGCGAAAGCCAACCCGGUCAUUAAGGCAGAUAAGCUUGAUAAAAUCUAGGCAUACACUAGACUGAAGGUUAAUGUAUGAAUCUGAUGCUUACUGCCUGGGUUUUUAGGUGUCCUUUAGCUAUCAAAAAUGGGAUAUUUUCAUGAUUCCAAGGACAUCUUUAGGGGAAAUCAUUCCUGUGUUUGUGAUGGUCUGAUGGACUUUGGCUCAUUCUGUAAUUUGAUUUCCUGCUUGGUCUGCAUUUCUUUUUACCUCUCAUUGCUUGGAAGUUAUUUCCUAGAUUGUCUUGUGUGAGACCUUGCUUUUAAAUUGUUCAUGUUUAUAUAGAUUUUUCAUGCACAAAAUAUGUGCAGUAAGUUUGAA